UUUAACAUUCUUAGCGAUGUUAAAUCAGUGUACGGAUUAUACUUUAAUCAGAAAAGAUGUUAUACAUUCUUUUCUUCAUUUUUUUCGCUUCUUUCUCUGCAGCAGAUAUAAAUUCUAGAAUCAUAGGAGGAAAGUCUACCACGAUAACUGCACAUCCAUAUCAAGUAUCUCUCCUUUAUAAAAAUAAACUUCUCUGUGGCGGUUCGAUAAUAAGUAAAUUAUGGAUACUAACCGCUGCACAUUGCAUUGAUAGGAUAACAGUCAAAGGACUUUCCGUUCGUGUUGGAAGUACUUAUUAUGCUAAAGAUGGUACGCUCAUCGAGAAUAUAGCUCAACUUAUUCCGCACAAUCUUUAUGACGAUCAUACUCUUGAUUAUGACGUUGGCUUGAUAAAGUUAGCUUCAGAACUGAAGUUUAGUUCGACAGUGAAUAUAGUGAAAUUACCCUCGGUGAACUCAAUCGUGCCAGGUGGACUCAAUGCUGUCAUCACGGGAUGGGGAAAGACGGCAACGACGGAUACAUCUAACAUGUUGCAAGCUCUGACAGUACCCACCGUUGAUCAACAAAAAUGCAUUGAAAUCUUUCGUAAGAGCCCGUAUCAAAUCACGCAACGAAUGAUAUGUGCCGGUUAUCUCUCCGGUGAUAAGGACGCCUGUCAGAGAGAUUCCGGUGGGCCUCUCGUGUAUAAUGGCAAACAGAUAGGUAUCGUAUCUUGGGGUCUAAAGUGUGCAACCAAGGGUUAUCCUGGAAUAUAUACAAGAACGUCUGCCAUACGUGCUUGGAUAACAACUAUGACGAAGAUAUUCUUUCCUGGCUUUUGUCUCGACUCGUCUCUCAUCAUGCGUACUCGACUCUUCCUAUCGUUUCUUUUUCUCUUCGCACAGCUGGUUCUCUCCCAGGAUUUUAAUUGGGAUUACGACGAGGGUCGCAUUGUUGGUGGCCAACAGACCAGCAUUCAUCAGCACCCCUACCAAGUUUCUGUUCGAUUUAAUACUCGUCAUAUCUGCGGUGGUGCUAUCAUUAGUAAGGAAUGGAUUAUCACUGCAGCUCACUGCGUAAAAGACACAUUUGUAAGAUACGUUUCGAUAAAGGCAGGAAUAUCGGAUUUAAGAAUGAGAGGUAUAAUGAUUCGUGCUAAGGAAAUUAUUAUUCAUGAGAAUUAUAAUCAUCAGACUUCGGAUUAUGAUAUCGCGUUGAUUCGAUUAGAGAAGUCAUUUCAUUUUGGACAAAAUAUGAGACCCAUCUCUUUAGCGAAAACUACGGAUCAGUAUACGACAGGUUCUAAGGCUGUUGUGACAGGUUGGGGCGUUUUAAGAAAGAACGGGGUGUUGUCCGAUAAAUUACGCGAAGUAAGAGUGCCGGUUCUCUCGAAUAGAAAUUGUUCAUACUUGUAUAUGGGUCGUGAGAUCACGUCAAGAAUGCUGUGCGCUGGUUAUUUAAAUGUUGGUGGGAGAGAUGCUUGUCAGGGUGAUAGCGGAGGACCAUUAGUACAACACGGAAAACUAAUUGGCCUUGUAUCUUGGGGUUAUGGAUGUGCAGAACCAGCAUAUCCUGGGGUUUAUACGCGAGUAGCAGCUCUUAGAUCUUGGAUAACUGAACAUGCUGGUGUAUGA